GUAAACCGUGAGAACCAACCAAACAAUGCCGCCAGCACAGGGAAUUGCUCCGGGAAUUGCUAGGACGCAUAGUGCGCAGGCUACCAAGAAAGACCAGAAACGAACCGUCUUCAAGGCCGUGCUGGAUUCGCCAUACAACGUUACAUGGCCCGUCAUUGAUCCCGCAGAUCAGGAGCGGAUCCUCGAGCUUCUUUGCAGCCUUCUCCAACCUUUGGGUGAUCACCGCAUCCUACACCCUAACAAAACCUCACAGAUCAAUCGCCGGAAACGACGACGAGCCUCCAAAUCCCAAAAUACCCCCGCAAACCCAGCAUCCACCAACGAUGCGAUGGACGUCGAUCCUGGCCCAUCAUCGAGCAAAGCCGUCGAAGCACCAAAAAUCGCCAAUCACCUCACAAUGGGCAUAAACUCAACUACCCGCCACCUCGAAUCCCAAGCCCGCCGCCUCCUCCCAUCAACACUCAAACCCCCUUUUUCAACUCCCCCACCACCCCCACCUCCAUCCUCCGACAGACAAAUCAAGUAUGUCUUCGCUUGUCGCUCAGACAUCACCCCACACCACCUCCUCUCCCACCUCCCGACCCUCACCGCUCUCCUCACCACACACACAACCCGUCUCGUCUCCCUCCCCCGCGGCGCCGAAGCUCGUCUAGUACAAAUCCUCGGUCUACGACGUGUCGGGGUGAUUGGACUCAUGGAUGGUGUGCAGGGGGGGGAGAUGGAGGGGUUGGUGAGGUUGUGCGAGAAGGUGCAUCCGAUGGAUGUACCGUGGUUGAAGGCUGGAAGUGAGAAGGUGGAGUACGUCCAGGCGAAUUUGAAGAUGGUGGAGACGGUUGUCAGUAGUGGGAAGCAUAGGUCAUAAUCAACCCAGGGUGUUACGCAGG